GGAAUUUCGAACCUGCCCACAGCACCUUCGCCGGUUGAUCAGAGAUGCCCCCAAAAACGACAACACGCGGUCGGGGCAGGGGUCGGGGAGGCACAGGCCGUGGUGGCGCUGCCGCAACAACCGCCGCCGUCGACGAUGCGGCUUCCCGAGAUGCCGCGCCAGCGUCGGAAGCAGCCGCCGAGUCGAGCCCCGCGAUGACGACGGCAACGAUGAGGACGACCACGACGACCACAACCACGACCAUGACCACGACAACCUCGGGAGACACAGCUGGUCCGCCAGGGCCGGCGCCCGUUCCGAUCAUGACAGUAGAGUCGACUCCCGAGGCCGCGACGGCCCCGUCAACUUCCAGAGUAUCGAGCGCCACUCCCGCUCCGUCCUCGACCCGCGGGUCCACCUCCAAGUUCAAGCCGAAGGCCGUCCGCCGCAGCGAAGCCGAGCGCGCCCGCCUCGCCGAGGAGCAGCUCAGGAUACAGGAGCAGAGAAACGCUGAGGAGGCGAGGAGGUUAGCGCGCCUCAACCGUGGCCGCGGUCGCGGUCGCGGUCGUGGCCGUGGAGGACUCCUUCGUGGAAACCUUAGGAGCUCGGCUGCUGCGGGCCCGCUAUCGGCGGGCAUGACCUUUGGUGGGGGAGGUGCCUCUGGGUACCAAGGUACAGGUGGCUAUGCCUUUGCCUCCGGUUCCAGUUCUGGCUCCGGCUUUGUGAAGAGCGAGGGGGAGACCAAAGGGGUCAAAGGAGCGUACGGCCAAUCGGGCAUCAUCGACAACAGCAGGAUCAAUGCCGACAUGCUCUACAACUACGUCGAAGUCUCGGACGAGGAGGACCGCUCCUCCAUCACGUCGACCAAGAAGAAGAAGGCGAUCAUGCCCAUGGGGAUCCGUCGCGUGGAGCACAAGGAGGAGGCAGUCACCUUGACGACGGCUGCCGAAAUCGAGGCUCAAGAGAAAGCCGGUGCCUCCGACGAGUCAGACGAAGAAGGCUUGUUUGUCGGCGGGCCUGCCCAGAUGGAAGAUUUCGAAGAGACAGUCAAGGAGGAGGGAGCUGCGGAGGCGGCGCAGACGCGCGAGAUCAAACGAGAAGAGGGCGACGGCGGCGCGAUGGACUUGGACCAGAUCCCCGAGCGCAUCAAAGCGCCCGAGUCACCCGAGAUGAAGAAGAAAGGGGUCGCAACGGAGCAAAAACCGAAGAAAAAGUCGGCCAAACCGAAAGACCCCGAGGCCGAAGUCAUGGCAGAAGACCUCCAGCGCAUGGUGGAGCUCUUUACCCUCCAAGGGGACGACACUACCGCCGAGGACGGCAUCACAAACAACGCCGCUCUUGAGGGACACAUGUUCCUCUUCCAGUUCCCGCCCGUCCUUCCGCCGCUGCGGGCGGUUCCCCACGAUGGCACGUCUUCGAACCCGAUUGCGAUCAAGCCGGAGCCGGACGAUGAUGUCGUCAUGCUGAACCAGCCGCCCGUCAACAUCGAUCUCACCCGGGACGAAGGCAAGAUCAAGAAGGAAGGGGAUGGAGAGGAAGAGGACGGUGGGCAAGACAAAGAAAAUGGCGACGACAUAAUAAAGGAAGGGGGUUUCCUCGGCAACCUGACCGUGCGCAAGUCCGGCAAGGUCGAGCUCAGUUGGGGCGGACAGAAGCUGGAGCUCAUGCCGGGCACCCAGACGAACUUCCUGGCGACCGCCGUACUGAUCGAGCAGGCGGAUGUGAAGCCGGGCGACUCGAGUCAGACGGCGGGCGUUGCCUAUGGCAUGGGCAAGAUUCAGGGCUCGUUUGCCCUCGCGCCGGUCUGGGGGGAUGAGGAGGAGUGGGUGGUAGAUCCGAAGGAUUUGGAGAUCCCCGAACAUUGAAAAAGCAGUAAGCGCGCGGAAGGAAAUAUGGUGAAGAGCACCUCCAUGUCAUCAUCGUUGGACAUUUUCAGCCAGCUGUUGGCUGCCUUGCACGACCAUAACAACAGCCAUCCCAGGAUUUCACUACACAUCUUGGACGGGUGUAUGGAUUAGAUACCCAAAGCAAAAAAAGGAAAAAAGGAAAAAAGGCAACGGCGGAUUGGUCGCGCCGGCUGGAAUGGGCCAGCCCCCCCUUUUUUUCCUUCAUUUUUUUCCUCUAUCCAGCCUCUGGCCUAUUCGUUGAUUUGGACAAGUGAGUUG